UUUAAUCUCGCCAUAAACGCCUAUAGCCGCCUCCCUCCUCCACCUAUAUAGCUCAAGCUCACAGGCUAGACUGAUCUUAUGUGACAUAUCCUUACCUUUCAAACUGUGUUAGAUUUUUCAGUUACAAUGGCCAUAGAUGAUUCUUGUAGAAAACCUGGAACUGUUCCCUUCAAGUGGGAGAUUCGACCCGGCGUCCCCAAGAUCCAACAACAACACAAACAAACGCCCAAGCCAUCACCGCCACCGUCGCCACUCCCACCCCGACAUUCAACAUUUUCGUCACCGGCUCCACUGCAAAAGCUUAAGCCCCCACCAGCCGGCUUCCAGUUUUAUGCUCCGUUCGAGCACCGGAACCAGUCAUUUCGGUCCACCUCACGUGUCUAUUCCGAGCGUUGGCGGCUUCAUCAACCCACCCGAGGCCGACCCGAUUGCGUUUCACCUGGAUGUUUCCCGGCUCGCUCGACUAGUAGACGCAAGGAAAGCAAGAAGAAAGGUGAACAAGGUUACUUUUCAGACCUUGAAACAUUGCCCCGUUGGUCGGUUUCAAGCCGGAGGUCGUUUUCACCGUUCACUGCCUCACCGGCUUCGUCAUCUCUCUUGUCGUGUAAGUCAUCGCCCCAACACGUGGUUGAUUCUGACUGGGCCGGGUUCGGACUUUUUUAAAACUAGUUUAGUUAGCGUGUAGCUAUUUGGCGCGAAUUAUAGUAGUGCGCUUUGAAGUUGGAUGCUUUUUACUGCGGUUUUUGGUCGGAUCAGAAGCCCAUUAUGGCCCGGAAUUUGCUCUUGUCGUGUAAAAACUUUUAAAGCUCAUAAUAUAUAUAUUUUGUUGUACAAAUUGGAGGCA